AUGGACAAGCUGCUGCGGCGUGUGCGCAUGGCCGAGGGCAUGGUUGCCCGCCGCGCCCAGCGCAAGAACGCCCUCCUGAAGCGCAUUACAGAGAGAAAGCAGAACAAAAAGAACGGCGAAGCCUUCACUGAAGCCAUCCAACAACGAAAGGCCGCCGUCGAAGCUCGCAAUGAGGACUGGAUGUUGGGUCCCCUCGCCCCCCGCCGCGAACUCGACGAGAUAACGCUGAGCAACGGCAACUUCUUCGGCUCCCUCUCCCCCACCCGUGCCCUGCUCGAGAGCGAGGUCUCGGAAGAAGAGAGGAAGGCCCGCGUUGCCUGGUGCGGUUCUCCCAAAUUCCUCUGCAUUGCCCCCGGCGACCGCGUCGUGGUGAUCGAAGGCCACCACAAGAACCUUAUCGGCACCAUCGAGAAGCUCAACACCCGGAACAUGACAGUAGAGAUCCAAUCAGAGAAACUCAAAACAAACACGACCGUACCCCAGUUUAUGCAGAACGACGCCGACAAGCCCGUCACGCAAAUCUACGCCCGCCUUCCCAUCUCCUCGGUGCGCCUCGUCCACCCGCUCAAGGAUCCUCAGACGGGCGAGUACCGCGACGUGAUCAUCCGCGAGCUGCGCCCCCGCAACAUUGUGCACGACCGCCCCACGCGCACCCGUAGCAUGCGCCGCUUCGUCCCCGGCGAGAACAUCAUCAUCCCGUGGCCCAAGCAGGAACCCAUCAAGCGCGAAGACCAGCCGGCCGACACCCUGCGCAUCGACGUGGACGAAAAGACCUUUGUGCCCACCCUGUUCCGCCCGCCCGCGCCCCAGCAGGUCCUCGACGAGCUCCGCAACAAGUACUCCAUCUUCCGCACCCGUCAUACCCCCGAGUACAUUGCCAAGAAGGAGCAGGAGGAGCAGGAGAAGGAGGCCAAGAAGUCGGCCGCCAAGGCCAUGCUCACCCCCGUCCAGGAGUAUAACCGGAAGCAGCGCGAGCUGCGCCGUGCUCGUGGCCAGCCGGCGUUGACGGAGGAGAUGCUGGCCAAGAUUGGUGAGGUUGUGGCGAGGAAUAAGCUCGGACACCACCAGGCCGCCGGGCUCCAUCAGCCCAAGGUGAAGGAGGAGACGGUGGCACAGAUCGAGAAGGCGGUUGAGCAGUUAUCGCUUGGUGGGGAGGAGGAUGCGGCCACGACGACGAGCCCUGAGCAACCAAAGGUUUAA